CACAAGUCCAAGAAAGUGCGGCUUUUAGGUAACUCGGAUUAGCGGAAUGGACAAACGAUUGAUUCUACUGCUUGUCGGUGUCGCUGUCUGGCUGAGCGGAAAUGCCAGUGGCCAGAGAGAUCAUCCACGAAAAUGGGGCAGCGGUGAGCCGCAUCCCAUCAAAUAUGUGGAGGAGCAGAAGACCGCGUACUGGGUGGAGAAGGCCCAGGAAACCCUGCACGCCAAGCUGGCCGAGACGCAGGCGGCCCACACAAACGCGGCCAAGAAUGUGAUCAUGUUCCUGGGCGACGGCAUGUCCGUGCACACUGUGACCGCCACAAGGAACCUGCUCGGCGACAGUGCCGAAAAGGUCUACUUCGAGCAGUUCCCCUACACGGGCCUGUCCAAGACGUACUGCGUCAACCGUCAGGUGGCGGAUUCGGCCUGCACUGCCACCGCCUAUCUGGGCGGGGUCAAGGGCAACUACGGCACCAUCGGCAUCAAUGCGAACGUAGCGCGCUACAGCUGCGACGGCGCCGCCAUGGAGGAGAACCAGGUGGAGAGCAUCGCCCAGUGGGCGCAGGAGGCGGGAAAGGAUGCGGGCCUCGUGACCACGGCCAGGGUGACACACGCUUCUCCAGCGGGCGUCUAUGCCCACAUCGCUGACCGCAAUUGGGAGAACGACUGGGAGGUGACGAACAGGCAGUGCAACACCGAGCAGACCCCGGACAUAGCUCGUCAACUGGUGGAGGGGCAGGUGGGCAAGGCACUGAAGGUGAUCCUCGGCGGCGGACGCCAGCAGUUCAUCAACACCACGGUGAACGACGAGGAAGGCUAUCCCGGCUACCGUACCGACGGACGGCACCUCAUCAAGGACUGGCUGGCGGACAAGCAGGCGGCCAAUGCCUCGGCCAACUAUGUCUGGAGUCGGAAGGGUCUCAGCCUCGUGGAUCUCGACAAGACCGAGUAUCUGCUGGGUCUCUUUGCCACCUCUCAUCUGCCCUAUGACGGCGACCGGGCACGCAAUCGCAGUCAGCUGGCGGAUCCAUCGCUGACCGAGCUGACGGAGGCGGCCAUCCGGGUGCUGCAGCGCAACGAGAAGGGAUUCUUUCUGUUCGUCGAGGGAGCCCGCAUCGACAUGGCCCACCACGACACCUAUGCCAGGCGGUCCCUCGAGGACACGGCCGAGUUCGCGCGAGCUGUGCAGAAGGCGCGUGAGAUGACCUCCGACGAGGAUACUCUAAUCGUGGUCACCGCGGAUCACGCACAUACCAUGUCCAUCAACGGGUAUCCGUAUCGCGACCAGGAGAUCUUCGGCCUGACCGAUGACGAUACCGACGAUGAUCUGCCCUAUGCGAUCCUUUCCUAUGCCAAUGGUCCCGGCUACAAGAGCGCCUUCAAUCUGGCUGACGGCAGGGCUCGCCUCACCGAGAAGCUCACGGACAAAACGGACUUCCAGUUUCCCAGCAUGGUGCCUCUCGAUGCUGAGUCACACGGUGGCGACGACGUGGCAGUCUAUGCCUCUGGUCCUUUUUCCCAGUUCUUUAGCGGCAACUACGAGCAGACCAAUAUUCCCGCUAUGAUGGCCCGGGCCGCAGGCAUUGGACCGUAUGGCAAUAUCCAGCCAUAGGUGUUGCAUCAUAUUCCUCUUCUGGGAAGAAAUUCAAUUAAAAUGCAACAGAGUUAAA